AUGGCGCCUGCACCGAAGAAGGCCCUCAAACUACGGCGAGCACUGAAGUCGGCGGCGUCGGCGGCUCGACUGCCAACGCGCGUGACGGCGGGGCGAUCUGUGAACGCUUUCGCUCCUAUUCCCGGUGAACUCCCGGUCGUGUUCUUGCGGGUGCAAGUCCUGGGAUGCAAGGAUCUGCUGGCAAAGGACAAGAGCGGCAACAGCGACCCCUUUGUGGUGGUCUCUUUGCUGAGCACCAAGCAUCAGACGCCGGUCGUCAAGCGUUCAACGAGCCCUAUAUACGCUGAGAAGGAGGCUACGUUUGACUUCCCGAUAUACCUGUCGCUGGCUGAGAAGCUCGGCGUCGUGGAGCUGGUGGUAUGGGACAAGGACAUGCUGAAGAAAGACUAUCUGGGUGAAGUGUCACUGCCUCUGGAGGACUGGUUCAAGGGUGGUCGGGCUUUGGGAUUCGACGACCCGAAUAACAAGCCGUUCACUGCCCCGGUCGUAUCGACCAGGACUACUACGAAAGCAAGAGGCACCAUCGAAAUUAAGCUCGGCUUUGUUCAGCCUCCUAAUACAGAGUCUUUGCUCGACUUUGACGAAAUCUACCAAGAUCUUGUAAAGCGCUCUCGGCCUAGCUUGAUGUCUGCGCCUCCGACCGAAGGCAUAGGCACUGUCCGAUCGAAUCAAGGAGGUCCUUUGUUCGAAGAUGACGGGUUUAGCUCAGACGAAGGUGAGGGCCCCACCGACGAAGAGGACGAAGAGCCUGCCUCGCCGCGCUUCACCGAGAUAUACGCGGGCCCCUCGACGCCUCUUGUUGACGAGCCCCAUUCGGUCAGUCUGCCCCUCAGCCCCACCACUCCCACUGCCCCCGAUCGUAGUCCUACAGCGGAGAAGACGCCCGUCGCGCCGAAACCUUCGUCGCAGGUCUUCAAAGUGCCCAAGGUGCUGAGGCGCCCGACGAUGUCUCCUACUCCCUCGUACGACUCAUCUUCGGUGCCCACACCUACAGCACUAAGUCUCGAUGGCCGGACGCGGUCUUCCCCGGUGCAGGACAUGCGUGGGCGAAGCGUCAGUGCGGGUCCGCCCUCGACCCCACGCACCGAGAAGAAGGGGCCGAAGUUCAGGAAGUCUUGGGGAGGGAAGAAGGGUGCUUACAACUUCUCGGCGGCCAAUGAUAUCGUUGGAAUUGUUAUGCUCGAGAUCCACGGCGCCGAGGAUCUGCCCCGGCUCAAGAACAUGACGAGGACGGGUUGGGACAUGGACCCGUUUGUAGUCAUUUCGUUUGGUAAGAAAGUCUUCCGAACUCGCGUGAUCCGACACUCUCGUAAUCCCAUCUGGGACGAGAAACUGCUCUUCCACGUGCGACGGUACGAGACAUCGUUCAAAGUGCAGUUGACGGUGCUCGACUGGGACAAGCUAUCUUCAAACGACCAUGUCGGGGAUGCAUCGUUCAAUAUUUCGGAGCUAUUAGCGGAUGUGCCUGCAAAGGACCCCGCUACUGGGCUGUACACUGAUGACACGAACGGCGACACGCCCAUGAAGGAGUUCAAGCUGCCUCUGUCCACGGCGAAGGAGAUGCCCUGGGAGGGCCGACACAACCCCACGAUUACCUUCAAAGCGAAGUACCAGCCCUACGACGCGCUCCGCCAGCGCUUCUGGCGACAGUACCUGAAGCAGUAUGACACGGAUGACACGGGCGCGCUCUCGCACGUUGAAAUCACGUCAAUGCUGGAUUCUCUUGGCUCGACUCUGUCAGCGGAGACAGUCAGCUCUUUCUUCACGAGGCAUGGUAAGAAGCCUCACGAGGACGAGCUAACCAUCGCGGAGACAGUACAAUGUCUCGAGGAGGAGCUGUGCCGGCCCGCGAGCGAAAAGAAGCGGAUCACCUCCGACUCGGACGUACUUUCCACGGACACAAGUGCGCCCGUCACCCCCGCAGUUGCUGGGGACAACGCUCCUGGGACCGCGCUGGAUAUGAGCAAAAUGAACUUUUCGGGCCCGCCCAUGGCCCCGCCCCAGGAGGCGUAUUCACAGCCUGAGGAGGAGCCCAUAAAGAAGCCGUCGUUGCCGCCCGCGUACCCCACAGAGCGGACGCAACAACCCUUGCAGGAUCUAGCCGUUGGGUUGCCAGGGCACCCCGCGCGGGUAGUACCUCCAUCCUAUCCUGGGCCCGUGCAUUCCAACUCAUCUUCAUCAAUAUCUGAUACCGAGGAUUACUCUGGAUCUGCGUCGACGUCCCCGUCGGAUCAGUCGCCAUCGGCGGGGUCGCUGGAAAGGGUCAUCAAUGUGAAGAAUUGCCCACUGUGUCACCGUCCGAGGAUGAAUUCCAAGGCUGAGAUGGACAUUGUAACUCAUUUGGCUGUUUGUGCCAGUCAAGACUGGGCCCGGGUGGAUCGAAUUGUCGUGGGUAACUUCGUAACCGCUAGCCAGGCGCAAAGGAAGUGGUACACGAAAAUAAUCUCGAAAGUGUCCAGUGGGAACUAUAAGCUGGGAGCGAAUUCCGCGAAUAUCAUCAUCCAAAAUAGAAUGACGGGGCAGUUAGAGGAGGAAAAGAUGCAGGUGUACGUUAGACUGGGGAUUCGACUUCUGUACAAAGGGAUGAAAGGGAGGAUGGAAGGGGCAAGAGCCCGUAAACUUCUUAAAUCCUUGUCCAUCAAGCAGGGUAUCAAAUAUGAUUCUCCAGAAUCGGCCCGCGACAUUUUACCAUUCAUAGAGUUCCAUAAUUUGAACGUGGAUGAGAUCCGGGAUCCUAUCAGCUCAUUCAAAACAUUCAACGAGUUCUUCUACCGAAAGCUAAAACCGGAAGCGAGACCUGUUGAAUCCCCCAAUGAUCCAGGCCGACUUGUGAGCGCGGCUGACUGCCGGCUUAUGACCUUUGAGACCGUCAACGAGGCUACCAAGCUGUGGAUAAAGGGUCGCGAGUUCACUGUGGCGCGACUUCUUGGUGACGCUUACAAAGACCAAGCCGAACGAUACAACGGGGGUGCCCUUGCCAUAUUCCGGUUGGCGCCGCAAGACUACCAUCGCUUCCAUUCUCCGGUGGAUGGUACGAUUGGUCCAAUGACGUACAUCGCCGGAGAAUACUAUACUGUCAACCCGCAAGCCAUCAGAACCGCAUUGGAUGUGUAUGGGGAGAAUGCUCGCAAGAUCGUUCCCAUUGACAGUCCGCAGUUCGGUCGCGUGAUGGCUGUCUGCGUUGGGGCCAUGAUGGUGGGUACAAUCCGGACAACCGUUCAGGAGGGCGAACAGGUCAAGCGAGGCCAAGAGUUUGGAUACUUUGCAUUUGGGGGUUCUACGAUUGUCAUGCUCUUCGAGCGGGGAGUCGUGGAAUGGGAUGAAGACCUGCUCAUCAACGGGCGAGCAUGCCUGGAGACGCUCGUUCGGGUGGGCAUGGGCAUCGGCCGAAGUUUGCGAUCUCCCAGCCCCUUGGCCAAUGGGAGAGCGUAGGCCAAUGAUCAAAUGAACGCACUAUUUAUUAUCAUCUUGACAUAUCGUACCUUUGCAUUGGCUUAUACCAACAAUGACACUAAUCGGACUUACGAACAAGCAUUGGUAGUACUAGGACCACACCCGCAGAUGAUAUCCCGAUAACCCUGAUCCUCGGUUCAUCUUGUACAUUACGUUAAUGAUAGUGUAAAGUCUAGCUUCACCUC